AAAGUUAAAUUUUUAUCUUUACAUUAAUAUAUCUUGUUUUUAGAUUUAAAAGUUUUGUUCAAAACAGGCAACAUUACAAUUUUUUUUCUUAAAAAGAUGUAUCCUCAUAAUCCCAGGCAAUCUUCUUAUGUUCACCCACACAACAAACAAAGCCCUUGUUGUAGCUACUGUUUUAAUUUGAUCGUGAAGUGGGAGGAGCUUCAAGUUCUAGAGUCUUCCUUUACCGGGCAAACAGAAGACGUUAGAGCUGAAGUGGAGCCGAGAGGAGCUGUGCGGAGCACCCCGACUGAACUUCAAGAAUCAUCAUGUCUGCCAGACUUCGAGUCAUACUGCAAGAAGAAAUCUGCAAGCUUUCCUUGCCCUUAGGUAUCCCUCAGACUGUGGAGGAAUUGAAGCAUAUCAUGCAAGAGACAUUCGCAAUUGAACAAGAAUUUAGUAUACAGUUCCAGGACCAAGAUUUUGAUGGUCAGUUUUUCACUCUCCUUGAAACUAAUGAAAUCAAGGACAAAGACACUGUCAAGGUGGUUUUUGCUGAGCCAGUGGUCACCUUAACAUUGGAGGAUUCUUUGAAUAUUAAAGGACCCCAAGAGAGCUUUGAUAGCAGUUGCACCGAGGAAGAUGUUGGUUCCAGUUCCAUUGCAUCCAAUGAUACCAUAAUCCUCUCUUUUCCAGAGAGCACUUCCUCCCUGCGUUUGGUGUCUUGGCCAGCUCAGUUUGAGAUACCUACCUUCUCCCUUGACACUGAGCUUGUUCUACAAGCUGCAAAUGAAGCUUACCGAAAGGAUGGCACCCCACUCAACAAUCCUGCAGUAAAAUCUGACAUUUUGAACAAACUAGCAGAAAGUAUCUUUGUCUAUACUGCCUAUCCCUCACAAGCCCAAAGGGAGCAGGUCGCUGAGGCCCUGGUUACAAAGCACCCGUGUUUGAGGGACCCAGCGUCCUUCAAUGGCUUAUAUAGUUGGCACAACAGCCUGAAGUACAAGCUUGGCAAUUACAGAGCAAAGGUGAGACACCUUGGACUACCAGAGCUAAAUGUUAACUGUCUGAAGAGAAAAUCCCCUGCAGAUGGAACUCCAGCAAAAAGCUUAAAAAAGGCAAAGAAAUCUGAGGUAAACUACCUCCCACCUCAUCCUCAAGGUGAAACUGAUGCAACCCUUGAAAAGGAGAGAGUGGAGCUUCUCUAUGAGUACAAGAAGAGAGACAACAACAAAGUCAUCAAUGAGAAGAUGGCAAAAACCUUCUCACUGCGUCGAAAUGAUGUAAUCCUCAAGAAACCACCUGUGAUUGAUCUCAAAGCUCGAUGGCCUGCCCUGUUUGAGGUUUCCCAGAUUGAGGAGGAAUUCCGUAGGAUAACAUUAAAGCCACUACAGUCCACAUUCCUGGGGAAGUUGGACCAAUACAUGCCCAAACUGUUGAGCCUGUACAGGAGGAAAGGGGGAGCCACUGGGAAGAAACUUGAUGAGACCACUGACCUGUUAAAUGAGUCAUGACCACAGCAUUGAGUUCCGAAGAGAGGUUGUAAUCAGAGGCCUCAUUCUCUACCUUGGUGAAAAGACAGAGGAGUUAAUCAAAGACUACCAGGCUGUUGAUGACAAUGAUGCUGCAGCAAUCCAAGAGGCCCUUGCUACAUUUGUCCUCGACAUCUUUGUGGUCAGCAAAGCCAGGGAUGAUGGUCUCCACAAACAAGCUGGAAUAGCUAUCGAGGGAGUAGAGGUCCUUUUUGGUAUUCCUGAUGUGGCACAUGCUUGUGCCUACCUGAUGGGCCUCAUCUAUGCCAUGGAACUAAGCUACCCUAAGAAACUGAAAUACACCUUUGAGGUCUUUCAGAAGAUCUUCCUAGAGCUGGAAGAUAUGAACAAAAAAAUGUCCUCUAAAGUUCAUGAUCUGAAGGUCAGAUUACUUGUGUAAAAACCAUACAGACUUCAUUGAAGGCAGAGCGUUUGAGUGAGUUUACAGUUGUUGGUGUUAACAUUGCAAUGUCUCAGGUUCCAGUGCACUUUCUCAGGUUACAUUUUGAUAUUUUUGAUGCUGUUGUUGGUUUAUUUGGGCCAUGCAUUGUAUUGACUAGUGUUGAAUUCUGUCAAUUCUUUGCACUUUCAAUGGCAUAAAAUUCAGCUCUGGUCAGCACGGACAAAUCAUUGUCACCUAUAUUUUCAUAUGGGGAUCAUGUUUGCGAGCCUGUUUUUUUUUUUUUUUUUUUUUUUUUUUUUUUCAGGAUUUUAAGUCCAUUUGAAGGACUGUGACUGUUCAGGUGUAAGAUGUUACUUUUAUAGAGAAGAUCCGGUACAAUUGAUUGCCUGAUUGUAUUUAACUCAAUUCAAAAUGCGACCUUAUUUCAAGUUGUGUUGGGUUGAAUUAAAUUUCAAAAUCUUUUGAAAUACUAGUUAAACAAAUAUUUAUACCCACUGUUGGACUCAUGGGUAUUGUUCAGAGUACAUACCAUUAUUGCCCAGUUGGCAGACAGUGUCGAGACCUUGUCCAUCUGUAUUUUCAACACUUCAACUCCAUGGCAGCAUAUCUUGACACAUAAUGAAUGGAUUGUCAUAUAAUUUAGUGAACACAUUCAUG